AUGGAUGCCGUCUUCCUUGCUCUCUUCAUCAUCGCAGCAGUCCUUGUCAUCAUCUGCUUGUGCAGCAAAAACAAUCAUCAAGACCAGCAGCAGGCGGACGCCCGGCUGCCGGAGGAGAUGAAACCCGUCGCCAUAGCCAUGCUGGACAGCGUCACGUAUCCUCGCCGAAACGCCGGCGGUGACGAUCCAUUAUCAGCCGUAGAGGACUGCGCGAUCUGCCUGGGGCCGUUUGAGGACGGCGAGCUGUGCAGCAUCAUGCCAGUCUGCCGCCACGAGUUCCACAGGGACUGCACCGUCGACUGGUUAAUCAUGGCGUGCAAAAAUACCUGUCCCCUGUGCAGAGCUCAACUACUGCAGUGCUCAGCAGCUGCUGCUGAAAACAUGGUGUAG